UAUAAAUAAUAAAAAUGAUGAAUUUUCCUAUUUUUGAUGAAAAUUUGAGUGAAGAGUUUGUUGAUGAAAAUGUAUCUGCCUCUUCAAUAAACACUUCUCCAAAUUUGGAGAAGAACAUGACUGGAAACCAAUUCCAUUUUAGUUAUGAAAUGACUCGCAAGCUCAAAGCUCAGCCAUGCUUAAAAGCCAAUACUAGGAGUUCUUUUCCAUCAAUGGACGAUGCUGUCCUAGAAACUCAGAAGCAUCCUAUUUUCAAAAAGUACAACAGACCAAGGAGGAUAAUCAAGAAAAAGACUGAAAUCAAAGGCUUGUCUCGUCCUAUAACUAAAGUCGAAAAUCUACCCAAGAGAGUCUCUGAAUCGAAAGGUUAUAUGAAAAAAUCUGAAGUCUUAACUCAAAAAGUCUCCAGUAACUUCAAAAAGACAGUGACCAUGAGCGACAUCGAUGCUCCUGGCUGCUUUGAAACAUAACUUUAUUAAUAUUAAUAAUUCACCAUAACCUUGUGUUGGUCAAUAACUCUUAGAAUCUUGGGAAAUUUAAUAACCAUAUCGACAUUUUCAUUGUUUGAAUAGAAUAGGGCUUAAUUGGAGAGUUAUUAAAAAGAAGCUCAUUAUAGCUUUAUGUAUGGAUUAAAAGAAGGAGUCUUCAGUUGAACAAUAUUCUCAGCAAGCCCAGCUUUAUGGAGCGUGCAUUUUAACUAGCAUAAACUUCAUCAUCGUGAAAUCUGAGGAUAUAAGGUAUUUGAAAUUCACCUUGAUUAAAUCGAACAACUAUUUAGCAGAAUUAUACCUGAAUAAUUCAUAAUAUUAUCUCUGUUUAUAUUUGUAGUGUGCUUACCACUCUACCUAUUGAAUUAUUCAUUCUGUAAGUGUUUUAAAUCCAAUUCUUCUCCCAUCACCUCGGCAGUAUUAUGAAAAAUUCAUUAACAUAGCUAAAUACUUCCGCGGAUAAAUUUUUAAAUCGAUUUCAAACUUUACAGUUAUUAAUAGUUUCGAAUAGUUUCGAAAGAUAAUUUUGGUGAUCUACUUUCUACACUAUCGGCUCAAACAUAGCAUUAAGCCACCUAAAAGUCAAGUUAAAAUAGGUUAUUCUGUUAUUCAGAAUUAAGGUUUACACGAAGCUUCUUUCUAGUCUUGAUAGUGGUAUGAUUAAAAGUAAAGGAAUUAGUCAACAGGAUAUUUUUAUAUAAUUGCGCUACGAAUGAAACUUUCAAUUCAAGCUUCAGUUUUAAGGUGAAUUAUGGAUUACAGUUACGAAUAAUUGGAAGUUUCGAAUUUUUCAAGUUUUAUGAUGAAUUUGAUUUUUUGGCACGGACAAUGGAAAGUAUGGAACUCUUGUGUUUUUAAUAAAUACUAAAGGUUUAUACAAGUUUUUGAUGCCAGGAAAGCUUUCAUUUCAAUAUUAUUGAGUUUUAUUAUGAUUGGAUUAUCAGCUCCGGCUCGCGCUCCUUGGUUUUGAGCUUACCUGAAGUCAAGAUAAUCGUUCUCAGAGGUUAUAUUGCAGAAAUAGUGCCAAGAUACAUGAGUUCUGAAUUAUCAAUGCAGCAUCUCACAGAAAUUUUCAAGAGUUGAUAAGCCCAAGUAUUCUUAGAAACUAAAUAUGUCUCCAAAAUACUAUGAGAGUCCUAAAAACAUUCUAAGAUCCUUAGGAAUAAGAAAAAUCCUAUUUUUAUUUCCUCUAAAUAACUAGAAUAAAUUUUUCCAAGAGCUUAUAAUACCAUUUUAUAUA